AUGGGCUGUUGUGGACAGUCAGAUGAUAUCGAUGUUGCCAAAAGACCACGCCUCACGGGUCCUGUACGCAACAGGUCAUGUACGGAUAUUCCUUGCUGUGUAGUAUUCGCUAUUUUCAUUAUUGGCUUCUUUGUUGUCACUUUGUGGAGUUUCGCUAUGGGAGAUUAUAGACGUGUUGUAUAUCCUACUAAUUCACAAGGACAAAUAUGCGGCCGCGAUGUUCCUGGUAAACCGUAUCUGUUCUUCUUCGAUUUGCAAAGUUGUCUCAAAUUGGGUCCAGCUUUAGUUGUUACUGGAUGUCCAACACCUCAGGUCUGUGUAGAGUCAUGUCCAGAUUAUUAUUGGUCUUGGAAAGGAUCUUAUGAUCAGCACCCAUUUAAAACAGACAGAGAUUUAAUGAUUUGCCUAGGCGGUGUGAAUGCCAAUGAUCCAAAGUUUGCAAGCGAGAGUAUCGAUCAACUGGUACACGAUCGAAAGUGUGCCCCAUAUGUAUUCCAUUCGAAACCAGUGCUCGGUCGGUGCAUGCCUAGUCAAUUAUCUCGAUUACUCGGAAAUGGUACUGGUCAAGUUCGUGAUGACAGUGGCAAACGUAUGACCUUAUUGAAUGCAAACGAUGAAGUGGUGACUGGUGUGGAUGUGGUGAAAAGUCGAAAAUUAGUAUUGGGACUUGUGACAGUUUUUGAGAAAAUUGUCGCCGAUCUUCGUCAAACUUGGCAUGUUAUACUUAUAUGCAUUCUGAUAUCCGUAGUUUUGUCAUUCUUGUGGAUUGUGCUAUUACGAUGCUGUGCCACUAUUAUGGUUUGGACUACAUUGGUGUUAUUUGUGGCCUUAUUUACCUUUGGCACUGGAUUCUGUUUCUAUCGAUGGAAUGUAUUGCGUAAAACACCAGAGGGUUCUGCUGAUUUUGAAUUUUCCCUAGAUUUGGCAUCAUAUUUUCGUUUAGCAUCAACAUGGCUUGCAAUGGGUAUUAUAUCUGCCAUCUUAUUGUUUCUAAUUAUUUGUAUACUGAUAUUUUUACGCAAUCGUAUUCGAGUGGCUAUUGCAAUUUUGAAUGAAGCAAGCAAGGCAGUUGCCACUAUGACCUCUGUAUUAUUUUGGCCUUUACUUCCAUUCAUCUUGGAAAUGCUUGUCAUUGUUCAAGUGUUAUUUGUUGCCAUCUCCCUGCGUACAAUAGCUGAUCCUGUUGGCACUAAAAUGGUUAAUGUUGAUCCUAAUGUCGACCUGAGAUUUGAAGAUAAGGCUAGAAAAGAUAUAAAAGAAAUAUUUCAACUUAUUCCAUGUGACCCAUUAUUAAACAAUUCCGCUGGCAAAGCCUGUCGCUUUCUCUAUUAUGGCGAUCGAAAGUACACAAUCUAUCUACAACUGUUCAAUCUCUUCAUGUUCUUUUGGUUAGUCAAUUUUGUCAGAUCACUUACUCAGAUGACUUUAGCUGGAACAUUCGCUGAGUACUAUUUUUCACGUCUUGAUCAAAAAUCAAUGUCAAAUUGUCCAUUGUUAACAAGUUUCUUUCGAGCAGCUUUCUAUCAUAUCGGUUCAUUGGCAUUGGGAUCAUUUCUAAUCGCUUUGUUACAAUGGCUUCGUGCCGUCCUUGAAUAUCUUAGUACGAAAUUAAAAAAAUCUGAUAAUCCUAUAGCUAAAUUUUUCAUCAAAUGUUUAUGUUGUUGCUUUUGGCUACUUGAAACUUUUCUACGAUUUCUCAAUCGAAAUGCUUUUAUUAUGAUAGCCAUCUAUGGUCAAAGCUUUUGUUCUGCAUCUCGUUCAGCACUGUCUUUACUAUCACGCAAUGUAAUCAGACUUAUUGUGGUCGAUAAGGUAACGGAUUUCAUCCUCUUCAUUGGAAAGCUUGUCGUUGUUGGUGCUGUUGUUGCUCUUUAUCUUUAUCUUCGUGGUGGUCUUGUUUGGUCACCUGAAUGCUUGUCAUCAAUGGGCGUAAGCGGUUUGGCUUAUACCUAUUUGGAAGGUACACUAUUUGGAGGGAAUAAACUUCUAAAUGAAUUAAAUCCUCCAAAUCUGCAUUAUGCCUUUGUACCAUUGUGUAUUAUUAUACUAGCCUCCUAUCUAGUUGCAACAUUAUUUUCAAGUGUCUUUGAGAUGGGUGUGGAUACAAUAUUUUUAUGCUUCUUAGAGGAUUUGGAACGAAAUGAUGGUUCUGCUGAACGCCCAUAUUAUAUGAGUAAAAAUCUUAUGGAGAUUUUAGGCAAACGAAAUGUCCCACGUAAAGCGACAGGUGACAAGGCUGACAUCUAG